AUGGCAAGGUUAAAGCCACUGUCUGGGAUAGGAAUGUUACGAGUCGAGCUAAAUUGGACCGGGCUCGGGUUUGAUGCAAGCAAUUCGUAUGAGUUUGCCAGCGAGUCAGGUGAGGUAACUCGAGUGGUGGUCGAUCCUGACUCGCCCACAUUUGGUGAAGCGAGCCAGUUCUUCUGCUGUGGAGUCUUCUGGGAUGUAUGCAUAGUGAAACUAUUCUCAAAAGCCUUGGCUCUGAAACAUUUGAAUCCUCUGAUGCCAAAUGCAGAAAUAGGGUCCAGUUUGUUACCUAAGACAAAAGCUAAUGUUCCUGAGGCUGACCAGGCAACUGUCAAGUUGCGAGAACGAGUGAAGUGCAGGAGAUCCCAAAAGGUGAAUGAUACUGGAAAGAGUGAAUCAGAUGUUGCAACAGAUGGGAAUCAGCAACCUGAUUUAGCUGCACUUUCAAGGGGUCUUCCAUCUGGAUGGUAG